UGUGCUGAAAGAGGGACACAGGAGAAGAAAAAGUUGGAACAGUCCUGCACAGUUUUGAUCUGUAAGUUAUUGGAUUACAUGCAGGUCGUCUAUCCGUUCUCAAAAAUCAAUUUCUCAGAGGAGGAUGUCUGUGUCGGGGAAGAAGGAAUUUGACGUGAAGCAGAUCCUCAGGCUCCGCUGGCGCUGGUUCAGCCAUUCAUCCCAAGGUUCAGCCGGCAGUGGAGGCGGUGGUGUCGGCGGGGUGGGAGGCUACAUCCAGCAGGAUGGCCUGGACCACAGAGUGACGCCUGUCCAGGGCCGACUCAAAAGUCACUCACGAGAAAGAGGCGUCGGAGGACUACGGAAGAAUAACAGCCCUGUUCACAGUAUUUUGGCACCAACGCCAGGGCCCACACCUGUCUAUGUCAGAGCGGGUCAUCAAUCAUGGCACCAUCAGCAGAACACCAUUCAGGGUCUUCAGGUCAACGAGGAAUCUUCAAAGGGCAGCUCCUCGCCCAGUACCACAAGGAAAGAGGAUGCCAACACUGGCCAGGAAGAUGUGAAGAACAGCACUGAGGAACCUGCAGAGGUGGAGGCCAGAGAGAGGUUGGCUCUGAGCACUUUCACCAGAAUGAACACCAACUCUUCAGACGAGUUUUUCCAGGCCACCAAUCAUGCAGAACAGACAUUCCGCAAGAUGGAGACCUACCUCCAGCACAAGCAGCUGUGUGAUGUCCUCUUGAUAGCGGGAGAUCAUAAGAUACCAGCUCACAGACUGGUCCUGAGUGCUGUGUCGGACUACUUUGCUGCUAUGUUCACCAGCGACGUGAGAGAGGCAAAGCAGGAGGAGAUCAAGAUGGAGGGAGUCGAUCCAGAGGCCCUCAGAUCCCUCGUUCAUUUUGCCUACACCGGUGUCCUUGAGCUGAAAGAGGAGACCAUUGAGAGUUUAUUGGCGGCAGCCUGCCUCCUCCAGCUUUCACAAGUCAUCCAGGUUUGCUGUAACUUCCUGAUGAAACAGCUUCAUCCAUCCAAUUGCCUAGGAAUACGCUCUUUUGCAGACGCCCAGGGCUGUGUGGACCUCCUCAACGUGGCUCAUAUCUACACCAUGGAACACUUCCUGGAGGUCAUUCAGAACCAGGAGUUCCUGCUGCUCCCCACAGCUGAGAUUGUUAAGCUGCUCUCUAGCGAUGACAUCAACGUCCCCGAUGAGGAAACCAUCUUCCAAGCUUUGAUGAUGUGGGUGCGGUACGAUGUCCAGCAUCGACAACAGGACCUUGGGGUCCUUCUUGCCUUCAUCCGUCUGCCUCUUCUUCCUCCGCAGCUACUUGCAGAUCUGGAAAACAACAAGAUGUUCUCUGAUGAUCUGGAAUGCCAAAAGCUGCUGAUGGAGGCGAUGAAGUACCAUCUCCUGCCUGAGAGACGUCCAAUGUUUCAGAGCCCAAGAACCAAACCCAGAAAGUCCACUGUUGGUGCACUUUAUGCUGUAGGAGGGAUGGAUGCUACUAAAGGCUCCACCACCAUAGAGAAAUACGACCUGCGGACCAACACUUGGGUCCAGGUUGGGGUCAUGAAUGGUCGUCGGCUACAGUUUGGCGUGGCAGUGAUCGACAACAAGCUGUAUGUGGUUGGAGGGAGGGAUGGACUCAAGACAUCCAACAUGGUGGAGUGCUACAAUCCGAUCAAUAAAGUGUGGUCCACCAUGCCCCCUAUGUCAACACACAGACAUGGACUUGGUAUUGCUGUGCUGGAGGGCCCUAUGUAUGCUGUGGGAGGCCAUGAUGGCUGGAGCUAUCUCAACACAGUGGAACGCUGGGACCCACAGGCCAGACAAUGGAACUAUGUGGCCAGUAUGUCGACACCAAGGAGCACCAUGGGAGUCACAGCACUCAAUGGAAAAUUGUUUGCAGUAGGUGGUCGAGACGGCAGCUCGUGUCUGAGGUCUAUGGAGUGCUUCGAUCCGCACACCAACAAGUGGAGCAUGUGUGCUCCCAUGGCCAAGAGGCGAGGGGGAGUGGGUGUGGCAAUGUACAACAACUUCCUGUAUGCUGUAGGUGGACAUGACGCCCCUGCCUCCAACCACUGUUCUCGACUCUCUGAUUGUGUUGAGAGGUAUGACCCAAAGACAGACACGUGGACCACUGUAUCUUCCCUAAGUGUUCCCCGGGAUGCGGUGGGUAUUUGCCUGCUCGGUGAUAGGCUUUAUGCUGUUGGUGGAUAUGAUGGCCAGUCAUAUCUGAACACUGUCGAGUCCUAUGAUGCACAGAACAAUGAGUGGACUGAGGAGGUCCCUCUCAACAUUGGCAGGGCAGGCGCCUGCGUUGUGGUGGUGAAAUUGCCUUGAGCGUUUUGUCUCACGACUCGGAGGGAGCUGCAAAGAAGAGUGGACAAACAAAGCAAGAGAUCAAGGACACAUCCUUCGAGAGUCAUUUUUUCUUUUCUUUUUUUCCUUUAACUCAGCUCUCCAGAUUUUUCAGAGGGAAGCGCAGACAGAGCCUUGCCCAUAAACCAUUGUUUCUAUCAUUAGUGGACAUGUCUGCCCACUGGGGAGGACUGCACAUUCUCCACAUUCUCAACAGAUCAACAGUUUUCAUAGACUUGGCUAAGCUGUAGCAAGAGCCAAGCCUUUAUUGUACUGGUUUGUUAUACUAGUUUUAUGAAAAGUUGUGUCUAUGUCUGUAAGAUUAAAUGUAAAAGUUACAUUUUGAGUAAAUAAGCCUGCAGCUUAGUUUACAUCUCUACAGAGACUUUUCUUAACAGUGCCAUCACAUACAGUAUAUUUUUGGGUUUAUAUUUCACUUUAUAGCCACUCAAACGAAAAUUGUUAUAAUACAUUAAUGUAACCAUGUAACAGUGUCUUCCCUUAGUAGGUGGUCAGCUUCUUACUCUUUAGCAUAGAAGACCACUGUGAACACUGAGGGUGAUGAGUCUGUUGAUGCUGGUUUAAAGAAUGAAGUCAAACUUUUUGUGGAAUAAUAUAUUUGGACAUUUUCCUCUGUUCUUUUUUUAUUGAGCCUGUAGCUACACAACACCAAAGUCAUUUGCUUGUCUUAGAAGUCUUGUUAUGCAUUAAAUAAAAGUUUACAAAACUGUAAAUUACAGAAAAUAUAUCAUAUUGAUAUUUCACAUCGCUGUACAGAUUUUUGUGACCUUUCGAAAAAACUACAUUUGUGUUGAAUCAUGCCUAAACCGGUGCACACUGGUGACGACAGAUUAUUAUUCUUUUGUCUUUACUUCUGGGCAUGCUAGCUGAGUGAAUGUUUUAUUUGAUUUAUUAUAUAUCAAAUUCACUGUCUGUUCUGUAUUUUGAAGGACAUGAUGCCUUUUGGGUCAUGUAGAAGAUCUUUAUCUUUUACUACACUACAGUACCAUUGGAUUAACCCAGAAGAAACAGCAAACUAUGGCUAAGUGGCACGAGGUGCACCCAAACCAGCGAUCUGAAUCUAUGAGAGAAUGUCACAUGUGCAGCGCUCGGAAAAACCUGAUUUCCACAGCAACCCACUAAUGUGACUUUGAUUAGAUUUUUUAGAUUUGUAGUUGGUUCUGCUCAUAAAAGUGAAAUAUUACAAACUUAAUCACAAUGAGAACAAUUUGUAACUGUAAUUAUAUCAUGUUUUCGGGGGCCAAAUGUUACUUUUUAUGCUUUUAUCAUAAUUUUGUACAGCAUGCAAACCUAUAAAUAAAAUGACUUCAGUCUUCUCUGCAUGUUCAAAUCCAUGUUUAGAGCUGAAUGUGGCCCCUCAGCGGGCAGAUUUGGA